GCUUGAUCACAAUUAAUCCUGCUCUCGACAUACAAGAGAAAUGUUACCGACAAAGCUAGCCGUCCCUAUUCUUCUCUUCUACUCAUCUUUUAUCUCUUCUCAGGCGGCUCUUCCCCUCCAAACACCAAUCCAGAAGGACCAUUCAACCAGCCAAUAUGUCAUCACUGCAUACCUACAAACCCCUCUCAAGCCCACCAAGUUGCUCUUGGACCUCGGUGCUACAUACACCUGGGUAAAUUGCGACGGCUACACUUCCUCUACUUACCAGCAUGUUCCCUGUAACAGUUCCAUCGCUAAUUUACUCGGCGCUUAUGCUUGCUUGGACCUUUGCGACGGUCCACCAGGUCCAAAUUGCGGUAACAACUCUUUCCUCUUAUUCCCCGAUAACCCCAUCAAACCUGUUGACUACAAAAAAGUGAAAGGCAUCAACAUUGCCCUUAUCGACUCCUUCGCCUUGUCCACCACUCAAGGCUCGCUUACUUUGAUCAAUAAUUUCAUCUUUUCCUGUGCUCGAACUGGUUUUCUCAAAGGCCUGGCUAAAGGUGUCGCUGGCUUAGCCGCCCUGGGCCGCUCAAAUGUUUCUAUCCCGGUACAGUUUAAUAGAUUCUUCUCUUCUUCUCCAAAUUGCUUUGCUAUUUGCUUAUCAGGAUCUAAGUCUCAACCUGGCGUGGCUCUUUUUGGUAGCAAAGGGCCUUAUGAUUUCCUGCCAGGAAUUGACCUCUCAAAAUCACUUCUUUACACUCCUCUCAUUUCAAACCCGUUUGGAAAAGAUUCUGAUCCAGAUAAACCCAGAUCCUCUCCUGAAUAUUAUAUAGGGUUGAAUUCCAUAAAAGUGAACGGAAAGAUGGUGGCUUUGAACAAAUCACUCUUGGCCAUUGAUGGUGAGACUGGUCCUGGGGGAACCACGAUCAGCACUGUCGUGCCAUACACAAAGUUACAGCGUUCUAUUUACAAGACUUUUAUUCUGGCUUUCUUGAAGGAAGCAGCUUCCCCUGCUUUCAAUCUUACUGCAACAAAGCCUGUUAAGCCAUUCGGAGUCUGCUACCCUGCGAGUGCUGUUAAGAACACACAAAUGGGACCAGCUGUACCUACAAUUGAUCUUGUAUUGGAUAGACAAGACGUGGUUUGGAAGAUUUUUGGAUCGAAUUCUAUGGUGAGAAUUACAAAGAAAAGUGUUGAUCUUUGGUGCCUGGGUUUUGUGGAUGCUGGAGUCAAUCCAAUGGUAGCAAGUUGGAUUGGUGGUCCAUCUAUAGUGAUUGGAGGUCAUCAAUUGGAGGAUAACAUGCUACAAUUCGAUCUACAAUCAAAGAGAUUGGGAUUCAGCUCAUCACUUUUGUCCAAAGGGACAAAUUGUGCCAACUUCAAAUUUUCUACCAAAAACAUGUAAAACGAUGGUGUUUAUAUACCAUCAUGUUCGUUACAUGCAUGCAUGCGUUCUUGAAUUUCCUCCCUCCUGUAAGCUAACGAGCCAUAGAAAGGCCAAUCUAGCUAUGCAGUAAGAGUUUCUGCUCUCGAAUAAAUUAAUAAAAGGAUGUGUCAACAAGAAAUA